UACUCAAAUCAAAGAGCAGAGCAGAGUAUCUCUUCUUCGUCUGAAUCUCUCGUUGAGCUUGUACGAUCUAUCGUAUAAUGGUGUCUUGUUAGACUCAAGUUGGGAUGGCAAUAGAAACCCCAAAAGUGGCAGCUCCUACUGGAGCCGAGUCCUCCUCUAAUCUGCAAGAAGAGGCUCAAUUAGCUUCCGACCUAUUAGAGGGGAUCAAAGUUAAAUUAUUCAUGAGGGGAAAAAAUUGGGUUUUUUUCUCUUGAUUGUUAAUUAGAUGGGUUUUUUUUUUUUUUUAAUUUAGAUUCAUAACGAAUAUUUCCCAACCCGAGAUUAAUAACUCUAAAAAGAAGCUUAUUUUCUGGGGAUUAGUCUAUGAGAAGUUUGUUCUUGGGUUUUUUCAUUUAAUGGUUUAUUGAUUUUCUUUAUUUUUAAUGAUUUUGAUUAGUGAUUAUUUCUGCUGGUUGGUAUUGAUUUGAUGGAAGAUUAGUGAUAUUAAGCAAUAGUUUUGUUUCUUUCAGGGCAUAUUGUUGAUUGGGCUUGUAAAGCAACGCUGUAUACUGGUGGUAUCAAAGGUGCUCAAAUGUCAAAUGCUCCCAAGUCCCAACACAAUAAGCUUCGGCCUCUUAAGAAUUCGUGCCCAAUAAGGAGCGUCAAGUGACUCAAGUUUGUGUAACGGCAAUCUUUCACGUGCGACGACCGUCUCCAUUUGCUCCAACUGAAUGUUUUUGUUUUUGAGAAGGGAAUUAUGGCGCCAAAUUUCUGAAAUGGCAGAUGAUGACACGUGGAAUCGCCUCAAUCUGACGGUACCUUUUGAAGAAAUCUCAGGGUCAAAAUCGUCUACAUUUCUGCGUCAUCUCCUUCCCUGCCUCUCUGUUUCUCUCUCUACAAUUUUCCGGCGAUCUUCUUCCGAUUCUUCAACCCAGAGCUUUUGGUGAUUAAAUUCGUCAUUUUUUGAUACUAUAGCUCACUUUUCUUUGUUUUUGUUUCGAUUCUUAGACCCAGAGCUUGCCAUCUUUGUUCCGUUUCGUUCUCUCUCAGUUUUCUCCGAUCGUAAAACUCAACUAUUUUCCGGCGGAUCAUCUCCCGAUUCUUCUCUCGCACUUCAACCCGAAGCCUUUGACGAAAUAUCAAAAUGUCAGAUCCAAAACCGAAUCCUGUGGAAGACGCACAAGGUGCUGAUGCCAGAAGCUCACAAAUUCAAUUAGCCAAGGACGAUACUUCACGUGGAACCAUAGUUGGAAGGUUACUGCAUUGCCAGUGUUGUUCAAAGACUCAUAGUGGGUUCUGGGAGACUCAACCUGUGGCGCAGAUAAAAGAUAUCGGAGACACGAGUUCGCCUGAAGGCCCAAUUGAACCCGCAACUUUGGUAUCUGAGGUCAAGCCAGAGCCGUAUAACCUUCCUGGUCAAUUUGAAUGGACCAUAUGCGAUAUGAACUCUGAUGAUAUGUGUUCAGAGAUGUACAACUUUCUCAAGGAAAACUAUCCUGAUGACGGACAUAGGUUCAAGGUUGAUUACUCCAAGGAGUUUCUAAAGUGGGCAUUGUGUCCGCCUGGUUAUUAUCAGAACUGGCAUAUUGGAGUCCGUGUCAAGACCUCGAAGAAACUUGUUGCUUUCAUCAGUGGCGUGCCAGCAAGAAUCAGGGUGCGUGGUGAGGUUGUUAAAGUUGCAAAAAUCAAUCUCUUGUGUGUUCACAAGAAGCUCAGGUAUAAGGGACUUGCAUUUUUCAUGAUGAAGGAGGUGACUAGAAGGGUUCACUUGCAGAAUGUAUGGCAAGCGGCUUAUGCCACAUCUUAUAUACUUUCUAGACCAGUCACCACCUGCCUAUACUCUGGCAGAAUGUUGAACCCGAGGAAGCUAAUGGAUGUUGGGUUAACAAUGCUUCGUGAAAGAAUGACAAUGAGCAUGGCCAUCAAAUUAUACAAGUUACCAGAUGCACCAAUCACUCCUGGAUUUAGGGAAAUGGAGAGACGUGAUGUCCCUGCUGUUACAGAGUUGCUCAGGAACUACCUUUGCCAGUUUGGAGUUGCGAUUGACUUUGAUGAAAACGAUGUCAGGCACUGGCUUCUCCCAAGGGAACAUGUCGUCUACAGUUACUUAGUAGUAAGCCCUGAAACUCAUGACGUCACUGACUUCUGCAGCUUCUACAGUGUCCCUGCAACUAUCACCAACCGGAAAUACAAAACAGUGGAAUGUGCGUAUUCUUACUACAAUGUAGCAACAGUGACCUCGUUACCCAAGCUGAUGAAUGAUGCACUAAUUGUCUCUAAGCAAAAAGGUUUUGAUGUGUUCUACGCGUUGGAUGUGAUGCAGAAUGAGACUUUCUUGAAAGAGCUGAGGUUUAGUGCCAAAAAUUCACCGUUGCACUACUAUCUCUACAACUACCGUUUGAGAAAUGCAUUGAAGACAUCAGAAAUUGGGCUUGUUUUCUAGUGCUGUUAACACUACUGCUCUAAGAACAACAACAUUCUAGAUCAGAAGUCAGAACAAUCCGAGUUUGUGAAGACAAUUCUGUCUCCUAGGACCAAGUGGAUUAGUUGAUGGAGUAGACGAUUUCUUUUUGUUUUGGAUUAUAAAAAGGUAAUGAAACUGAUGCUUUUUUGUAGGCACUCACAUUAUUGCAAAUCAAUAUGAAUACUCUC